ACUCUUUGAACUCGGUUGACUGAAAUCUCCACAAUGUAUUUUAUACCUCGGCAAUUGAUGUUCGUCUCAAAAAGCUUCCUCGAUCGCGCAAUCUUUGAAUUGGCCGAUAACAAGCGUAAAUGAUCAUUUUGAGUUCUCACAAGUUCACCUUUUUUCUGACCUCCGUAGAUAAUUUGCAAUCCCUCGCGAUUUUUUUAACACGAGUGGCCUCGGUGAAUGUGGAUCAUAAAAACAAAUUCGAUGAGAAAAAAAUGCUGUAUUUUGAGGAAACUGACGGAGGACGGGAAUUGCGAAACGAUUAGAUUUUUAGAGUUCUGUAUAUAGUGAAUACAAUCUUAUUGGUCCUUUGAAUGUGACGUAACGAUAUCAUCGGUACUCGUGAGCGUAAGUAGUGAGCGCGAUAUUGAAAGGAGAACAGCAGUCACAGCAGAUCUGGGCGCGAAAACAUUUUUUUUCCUUCACAAUAAAAUGUCAAAAUUGAUAAAAUACAGUGACGACUUGUUGGGCUGGAAGCGAAAAGCCGGUCCAUUAAAAGUGUGGGGGGUUGUUGAAGGUCGCAAGAAAACAAGCGAUGGAAAAACUCUGCGGUUUUCCAUUCAGGAGGUUCCCGAGGAUCGGUUUGACGACGUUCUGGAUUUGAUGUGCAAGGUGUUCAUCAAGGAUGAACCCAUAUGUGACAGCUUGAAUGCCAUCGAAGAUCCAGUCACGAUUGAAGAUUUCUGUAAAUUAUGGAGUUUUCCCCUUCAAAAAGGCAUCGUCGUGGGAGCUUUUCUCAUCGACGGGGAUGAGCCUAAACCCAUCCUGGCCGGUGUCAACAUGACGGUUGUGGUUUGUGAUACUCUAGAAAAAACUUUGAAAACGGCGGUCGAGUUUCGGUCUGAAACAGCAACGAAGAUGUUACGACUGAUGGGUAGUUUAGAGAAGGAAAAGGAUGUCCGAAGAUUUUUCAACGUCGAUAAAAUAUUAUCGGCGUUUGGUUUGUGCGUUGAUCCAGAAUUUCGUGGUCAAGGUCUCGGAUACGAGCUUCUUCGAGCGCGCGACGAGAUGGCAGUGGCGUACAAUUUGCAAGCUACUUCAACGGUCUUCACAUCAACAUUCGCUGCGAAGAAUGCAGCUCGAGCUGGCUUCGAGGUACUCGUUGAGCGGGAUUUUGCCGACGUCAGGAAUGAGGAUGGCACGCGAGUGUUCCCCGGCAUGGUGCACAAAUCGGUGAAACUGAUGGGAAAAAAAUUUUAACUCUUCGUCGUGGAAAAGUGAGAAAAAGCAAAGCAGCACGCGAAAAAGCAUUAUCUUGGGCAUAAAAAUCGGAGUUUUCAUAAAAUCGAAAAAUCGUGCAUAAGUAAAACCUCGGAAGCGUCGAAGCCUCCGGGGAAGUUUGAAUAAUUAGGAGUGUCUUUUAAAUAAAACUGGUUGUAAUUCGAAA